AUGGAAACAGCAGUCCCUUCAGCAAUUGCUUCCCGGACAAAUCAAAAAGGCGGAAUGAUUCAUGCGUUAUUCUAUUGUGCCAAUAUUUUGUGCCUUUUGUUCUAUGCCGAAUACAUUUCUUGGAGUCAGGGAGAUCAAUAUCUGGACUUCGAGGGAUCUGAAGAGAGACAAGGAACGUACGAUGGUGCCGCUCCUUUUGGUACUCCACUGGCGUAUUCAACGAACGAUGCUACAGCUAUAGAAUAUCAGCCUUACAAUAAAUAUGGAAGUGGUUAUUGGAUGGUCCAACUCCUGGUCGAUUGUAAGAAGACUGAUCAAGGCUGGUUCGAACUCAAGGGAUACCUUUCGCCGUCGGUCGGUUGGGAACAAGAUAUUAGUCAGAAGAAAUGUACCGGCGCAGUGGGCGGAUCCGCACCGUUUUCGUCGAAAAAUCACGUCGCAAAAUGUGGAGCGGUUAAUGUGUUCACAUGGGGUGGUGGUGACUGUAUAAUAGAUUCUGUCUGA